UGCCGGUUUCGUAACCGUCGCUCCUCCUCGCCGUCUCGCGGGCUGCGAGGCCUGGGUCGGGUCGGGCCGCGCCGCGCGGGGCCGCUCGGAGUGGAGGCCGCCUGGGGGCGGGCGGGCCGGCCGGAGGUGCAGGUACAUGUGAAGAUUUUUGGCAGUUGAGUGUGGCCUCUGCUGAUCACAUUGCUUUGGUUUCUGCCUGUUCUGUGUUGGCAAAGGAACACGCCCAAAUGAGCAAGCUGUCGCAGCCAGCCACUACUCCAGGAGUGAACGGAAUAAGUGUCAUUCAUACUCAGGCACAUGCCAGUGGCUUACAGCAGGUUCCUCAGCUGGUGCCCGCUGGGCCUGGGGGAGGAGGUAAAGCUGUGCCUCCAAGCAAGCAAAGCAAAAAGAGCUCACCCAUGGAUCGAAAUAGUGAUGAAUAUCGCCAGCGCAGAGAGCGGAACAAUAUGGCUGUGAAGAAGAGCCGGUUAAAAAGCAAACAGAAAGCUCAAGAUACACUGCAAAGAGUGAACCAGCUCAAAGAAGAGAAUGAACGGUUGGAAGCCAAAAUUAAGUUGCUGACAAAGGAAUUAAGUGUACUGAAAGAUUUGUUUCUGGAGCAUGCACACAACCUCGCUGACAACGUGCAGCCCAUCAGCACUGAAACUACGACGACAAAUUCUGAUGACACAGGGCAGUAGAUCUCCUUCCAGGCACCACAGCUUUGUGGCUUGAACAUGAGAGGUGUGACCAUCCUGUACCGCCUGGUUCAAUGGCUGAGCUUGGUCUUGUUCCAUUGGAGGUUAUUUUCUAGGCUCAGCACUGAACAGUUGAUUAGCCAUGUAAUUUAUCUGGUCGUAAAUGAUAAUGGAUUUUUGAAGCACUAAAAGAAGACUUAGGGUUUAUGGUUAAAACAAAAUUCCUGGACCUUAAUAUUCUUAAUAAAUCCUGACUUCCCCAGAAAUGCAUCUUUUUUUAGGAAUGGGAAAGUGGAGGGGCAUAUAGAAGGUUUUGGGUUUUAAUGAGACAAUACCGUGGAUUAAGAAAAGCUGGAUUCCAUCUGUGUUUAUCGAUUUGUGAUUUUAGUUUAAAUUGUGUAUUGUAAAUUCUAGGGCUUCAGAAACCAAUCAUAAUAAUUUGGCCCUGUUUUACAGCUAGUAUAAACUUGUGUUACCAUAAUUGGCAUUGUUUAUCUCAACAAGUAUAUAUUUUUUAAAAAUGACUUCAGGCAAAGUAAAGAAACCCCAUUCAGGUCAUGUCAAAAUACAAAUUGCAUUUAGGAAUGAAAGAAGUGCUCCCUGCCCUUUGUGUGUUUUAAAGGGCAUAGAGAGAGUGGGAUUGAGUUUUGGGGUCCUUUGGUUUAUUGGAUUAGCAUUAUCUUGUGUCCUAAAAAACAGUAUCUACUGUGUACUGACAGUUUAGUUUCUGUGGAUGCUGAUCAAGGUAGCGUUUAUUUUAGUGGGGGAAACCCAUUUUCUGACAGCCAAGUUAGUAAGCGAAACACCUUGGCUUGAUGAUACAGACCAUGAUUUAGAAUACUAAUUUAUGCUGGGCAUGGUGGCACACACCUUUAGUCCCAGCACUAGGAAGACAGAGGCAGAUGGAUCUCUGUAAGAUCUGCCUGCUCUACCGAGUGAGCUCAGGACAGCCAGGGCUACACAGAGAAACCCUGUCUCAAAAACAACAAAAGAAAAGAAUACCAAUUGAUUUGGUUUCUCCCGUGUUCAGAAUAACUCCCAACGGGGCCAUGAUUUUUAAAGGCAUAGUUUUUUGUGUGUGCUUGUGUGAAGAGGCACGUUUUGGCAUUUGAUCUCAACUAAAUGAUUAUUAGAAAAAUGUGUCAACUUGAUGACAUCUC